CUGGCUCUCUCUCACUCUCUGUCUCCCUGUGACCUGGUCACUCUGCCUGGGUCUCCUACAUGGACUUCUACAUGGACGUUAUUGGCUACCAUGACAACAGAGGCAAGUGCAGUGAGUGAGGCAGACACUGAGGGCAAGCAGAAGGCCAGUGGAACAGAGCCAGAACCUGAACCAGAGAACAAGCAGAAGCCAGAGGCAGCAGCUUCCGAACCAGAGGAGGAGCAAUCGAGCAGCAAGAAGGCCCAAGAGCAGGGCUCUGAGCCUGGGCCUGCUGACAGCGCCACGUCCCCUGAGGAAGAACAGCUGAAGCCUCGUACCCGGACCUCUGCUGGAAAAGGCCUGUCUCGCCUCUUCUCGUCUAUCCUCAAACGGCGCUCGCAGUGCUCCGAGGGAGAAGGGUUUGAGGCAGAGAAAUCUAAGGAGGAAAAGACUGAUAAAGAGGAAAAAGCUGACACGGCAAAGGAGGAGAAGGUGGAAGAGGUGAAAAGUGAAGAGGAGGCUAAAGCAGGGGAGGAAAAGCCUGAGGUGAAAGAAGUGAAUAAGAAGGAGGAAAAGGAACAAAAAGAGGAGAAAAAGGAGGUGGAAAAAGUUGAGAAGAAGGGCAGUAAAAAGAAAAAGAAAGAGGCCAAGAAGAUAGUGGAGGAAAAGAAUGAGGAGAAAGUAAAAAAUGAUGAGGUAACAACUGAAGAGAAACAUGUGAAAAAAGAGGAGCAGACAAAGGAGAAAACACAGAACAGCCCCGAGAAAAGUGAGGGGAAAUCUGAAACUAAAGAAGAAAAGAAGCAGACUGGUGAAGGUAAAGAAAAGGAGGCAGCUGUCGGAAAGAAAGAGGAGGAAAGAAUUGACAAGAAGGUGACAAAGAAAAAAGAAAAGGAAGAAAAGGUAAAGAAGAAGGAAGAGGGAAAAGCCAAGCGGAAAGCGGAAGAGGAAGAAAGGGCAAAGAAGAGAGAGGAAGAGAAAGCAAAGAAGAAAGAAGAAGAAAAGGCGAGAGAGGCUGAAAAGGCAAAGAAGAAGAAGGAGGAGGAAAAAGCCAAAAAGAAAGAGGAGGAAAAAGUGAAGGAGGAGAAGACAAAGAAGAAGGAAGAGGAGAAACCAAAAGAGGAAUCAAAAAGGGAAGACGAGGAGGUGACAGAAGAGGCAAAGAAAAAAGAGGAGAAACAGGAGGAGGAAGAAAAAGAGGAAAGGGAG